CAUGUGUCCUCCUAUGGUUCAGAUCUCUGAAUGACGUCAGAGCUAAAGGAAGAGCAGGCAGAGCCAGGCAGUGGUGGAAGUCCUCCCUCUCAGUAGUGGAAGUCCUCCUUCUCAGUGGAGAGGAAGAGCAGCUCUCCCACAACCAAGAAGUGCUCCAAUAAAGUGUGAUCAGAGAAGAAUCCUCGUGUCGGUGGUCUUCUUCCCCUGCUGGUCAGGGGCUCGCCACAGUGGAAGUCCUCCCUCUCAGUAGUGGAAGUCCUCCUUCUCAGUGGAGAGGAAGAGCAGGACUGGGAAUUAUCAUGCAGACCUACUUGGAUGCCAUCGGUAGUGGGACUGUUCCUUUUCUGGAGAAUGCAGUGACGACCCUGGCCCAGCUUAAGAACCCAGCAGGUGUUCAGAAGGCAGCUGACCACUACAGUGAGAAGAUGGCCCAGCGAAUGAGGCUCCCCACACACAUGCUCCAGGAGCUGCCGGAUGUACCUGUAGUCUAUGAGAAGAUAUCCAUUGCUGUUUUCACAGAGCACUCCUUCAAAUAUGAACAGAUGGAGUUCCAGAAGUUGCUUCUGGCAAGCAAGACCUUCCAGAACUUCCUGACAUCACAGAUCACUGGGGACGAGUUCAUCUGGCAGUCAGAUAAAGCCCUCACUGAAAGUCAGAAAGCCAUUGCAGCUGAGAAGGCCAAGAAGGAGGCAGUGGAGAAGGAAUUGGAGCUAAGUAGACAGCAACGAAAGGAGACCGAGGAAAAAAUGGAGGCUCUAAAGAAAAGCAUGUCAGAAGCCAUGGCCCAGAUGCAGGCGAUGAUACAGAUGGAAAGGGAGAACCAUAUGAGAGAUCAGCAGUGUGUUCAGCAAUUCAUGAUGAAGGUACUAGACAAAGUACUUGACAGAGAAGUUGAGAAACAGUCUGAUAAGUGGAAAAAUGAAAUGAACCGAAGAGAAAGAGAGAUUCAAGCCAUGAAACAGAAUUCUGCUUCCAGGUUCUUUGAUGGAGUUCUAGAUAUUUUCCGUGAAGUAUUCAAGGUACUCUACUCAGAGAUUAAGAAGCCACAGUGGAAACUGUGAUAUAAGCCUGUAAGCAGCACUCCUCCAUGGCCUCUACAUCAAUUCAUUUCUCUAGAUUCCUGCCCUCAAUUUCUGCCCUGACUUUCCUCAUUAAUGGUGUAUGGCCUGAGAGUUGCAACAUGAAAUAAACCGUUUCCUCCUUA